CCGCACAUCGGCAGCGGAGCUCCUCUCUCUCUCUCUCACGCCAGCAGGCAGAGGCAGCGCGUCCGCCCGGAGAGAGACACCGAACCGCAUAGCGUUACUCCCGGCUGAACCGUUAUCACAUUCACGUUCUUUUCUAAUGGAUGUCUCCCCUUAUACCGCCUUUUGACACUGGACGGUGCUCUUGUAGCCGCGUUCAUCGUGAGAAACACAUCAUCCCCGGCUUGGUUGUUUGAGGUUUUUUUCUCGACGACACGGAGAGGACCACACUCCCCCCAUCGUUAGCGCGCUAAGCUAGCUAGCCCGCUAACUUAGCCGUGAUACUUUGUACCGUAUUGGUGUCAGUUUUCUGCCUCGUAACUAGACUGCGGUGUCUUGCGCCACAGCGGUGAAAGGAGGUGCCCUGUGCCCAAAGAAGCAAGCGCAGUGCAGCAAAUGAAUGUGAAUUGCUCACUUCUGGUCGAUACUUGAUCCGCCCUAACAAGAAGCUAGUGAGGCCUUACAACAACACCAGUCCUCCAACCCUGCCACACAGUGAGCACAGUAUUCCUGCCUCUACUCUCCAGAUCGUGUCAGUGUAGCCUUGGCCUAAAUAAUGUCAUGUUCCACUGGCACGGCUCACUGUUUGGACAGGUCUGUCUCUGCUCACUUGCUCUGCAUUACACAUCUGACUAAGUGUCCAUCUGUCGCCAGAUCACUGGGGCAUGACAUCCUGAUGUACGAGGUGUACUUGUCUUCAUGUUGUAAGCCAGCACAUUGUGUUUGUAUAAAAUGAAGUCUGUCUUACAGCAGCAGGCUUAUUAUUAAUUGUGUUUUUGUAUGAAGGAGGUCAGGGGUUUUUUUUCAGUAUGAGAGCAGAUAAUCCCCAGGUGGAGGAAAAGCUGAGGUCGCUGCAUGUGUUGGAAGACCUCCCAACAUUGCUGCGCUGCUGGAGAACCACCCGAGGAAUCACACAGGGACAGCUGAACCAUUCAUCAGGAUGCACAGUAUCAACUAGUACAAUAUAAAUUGCAGGGGGCAUUAAUUGUUUGCAAAAUAUGUGUCAAAAUACCAAUUUGAUUUAUAGUAUGGUGCUGUCAAGACCUACAAAUUAUUCUAUAAAUGUGUAAGAGAAAAGAUGUGUGUGGUAAAGAGCCUUGCAUAAAAUCCCACAAUGACAGGAAUAUAUGACAUGAUAUGUUUUUAUAGUGUCUUUCUGAUGAAUUUAAACAACUAUCAUUCCUUCCAAAAUGGUGAACCGUGUUGCAGUUGCAGAUUUGGUCUAAAUAUUGCCAUACGUUUUACAAUAUGUGAGCCCCAACACGGGCAUCUCUCAUUAAAGUCUUUAUUCAAACGUUAUUAUUCGCUUAACAAUAUAGUGAAGUACAGUUGUACAAUGUUGACUUCCUGUUUUUCUGUCUCAUUGUGCUCAUUGACUGUCUUUGUUGCCCUUUGUGGUUGCUCUCUUUGUUGUUUACCUCAUAAUCAUAAAGUUCUCCUGCAGCGACUACAGCAGGGCGGAAAGAGUUUGCGGAGAGGAAGAGGUUUGCCCAGCCGACAGCGACAGAGAUGGGUUGCUAUUUGCGCUGCAGUGUUGUGUGAGCAUGUUUGAGUGACGAGCAAAGGAGGAAGUGGGAUCUCUGAAGCUCCGCCCCCUCUGCUGGUGGAGCACCCAGCACAUCUGAGCAGAGACCCUGUUAGUCACUUGGACAGGAUGCGGAGGUUCGCCUACUGUAAGGUGAUUUUGGCCACCUCUCUGGUGUGGGUGAUGUUGGAUAUGUUCAUUCUGCUCUACUUCAGCGAGUGCAACAAGUGCGAUGACAAAAAGGAGAGAGGGCUGCCGGGGAGACAAGAUGCCCUCACCAGGCCGCGGGACGGGCCCGGUGAAGGGGGGAAGCCUGUGGUGAUCCCGAAGGACAACCAGGAAAAGAUGAAGGAAAUGUUCAAGAUCAACCAGUUCAACCUCAUGGCCUCUGAGAUGAUUGCUCUCAACCGGUCACUGCCUGACGUCCGCCUGGAGGGGUGCAAGAACAAGUUAUACCCCGAUAAUCUUCCUCGCACCAGCGUGGUGAUUGUAUUUCACAACGAGGCGUGGAGCACUCUGCUGCGCACCGUGCACUCGGUCAUUGACCGCUCUCCACACACUCUGCUGGAGGAGAUUGUCCUGGUGGACGAUGCCAGCGAGAGAGAUUUCCUGAAGCGGCCGUUGGAGCAGUACGUCCGGAGGCUGGAAGUCCCGGUCAGAGUGGUGAGGAUGGAGCAGCGGUCUGGACUAAUUCGUGCUCGCCUUAAGGGAGCGUCCAUCUCCACGGGCCAGGUCAUAACCUUCCUGGAUGCUCAUUGUGAAUGCACAACAGGGUGGCUCGAGCCUCUGCUUGCCCGCAUUAAGCAAGACAAGAGUACGGUGGUGUGCCCCAUCAUCGAUGUGAUCAGUGAUGACACGUUCGAGUACAUGGCGGGAUCCGACAUGACGUACGGGGGCUUCAACUGGAAGCUCAACUUCCGCUGGUACCCUGUACCGCAGAGAGAGAUGGACCGCCGCAAAGGAGACCGCACGCUGCCCGUCAGGACUCCCACCAUGGCAGGCGGCUUGUUCUCCAUAGACAGAGACUAUUUCCAAGAGAUCGGGACGUAUGACGCAGGCAUGGACAUCUGGGGCGGAGAAAACCUGGAAAUCUCUUUCAGAAUUUGGCAGUGCGGUGGGACUCUAGAGAUUGUCACAUGCUCUCAUGUGGGCCAUGUGUUCAGAAAGGCAACUCCUUACACGUUUCCUGGAGGAACGGGACAGAUCAUCAACAAAAACAACCGACGCCUGGCAGAAGUCUGGAUGGAUGAAUUUAAAAACUUCUUCUACAUCAUCUCUCCUGGUGUGACCAAAGUGGACUACGGUGACAUCACGUCUCGCACGGGUCUGAGACAAAAGCUUCAGUGUAAACCCUUCAGCUGGUACCUGGAGAACGUCUACCCUGACUCUCAGAUCCCCAGACACUAUUACUCCCUGGGAGAGAUCCGUAACGUGGAGACCAACCAGUGCCUGGAUAACAUGGCCCGCAAGGAGAAUGAGAAAGUCGGCAUUUUUAACUGCCACGGCAUGGGAGGCAACCAGGUUUUCUCUUACACGGCCAAUAAGGAGAUCAGGACAGACGACUUGUGUCUCGACGUGUCCAAACUAAAUGGACCCGUCAUGAUGCUCAAGUGCCAUCAUCUCAAAGGCAACCAGCUCUGGGAUUACGACCCCGUGAAGCUGACCCUGAUCCACGUCAACAGCAACCAGUGUCUGGACAAGGCCAGCGAGGAGGACAGCCAGGUGCCCAGCGUCAAAGACUGCACACACACACGCUCCCAACAGUGGCUACUGCGCAACGUCACACUACCAGAAGUCUUCUGACCACAAUCCACACACUCACAAACACACACACUCACACACAUAGUGGCCCAGAGUGAGCAAUCAGGGGAACAGACGUGUUUAUUAAAUUCGGGCUCAAGGAAAGGAGAGACUUCCCACGAGGGGAUUCGGGACGAGAGGAGGACGUAUUGGACGGUACUACCUCUGCCAGAGAUCAGAGGGAGGAGCGUGUUUGACCCUCCUCAGAGCGAGAGAAGAGGAAAGACUCCCUCUAGGAGACGAUGGCUGUGGUUUUACUUUUGUUUUUUGUUUUUUUAAAGAGAAUUUAAACUGAAGAGAGUGACUCGCUCGCUGGGCGCGGAUAUGAGACUGGCCAGUGGAGAGGACGGUUGCCCUCACAGCUUCCCUGGACAAAGCAAUCCACCCUUCAACUCAUCACGUUUACUGACUGCCUCUUAUGAAAGAGUGUGUGUACGUGUGUGUGAGUGAAUGGGUGUGUGUGUGUGUGUGUGUGUGUGAAUGGGUGUGUGUGUGUGUGUGUGUGUGUGUGUGUGUGAAUGGGUGUGUGUUCUCUCAGAUGAAUGUAUGGUUUUGAGAUGGGGGCUGAAUUUCUUUGAUUUCUCUUUUUUUAAUUUAAUUUUGUAAAGGAUUUUAAAAAUGAACGACUAUGAAGAAGAUUUGUAAGUGUAUGUGUGAGACUGUGUGUCUGUGUGUGUGUGUGUGUGUGGGUGUGGGUGUGUGUCAGAGCCCCUCCUACAGUUUUGCAGCAGUGAAUGUCUCCCUCUGGUGUUACUCCUCGGCAUCUCAUCCUACAGACUGAAGCUUCCCCGCUGAGGAAUUUAUACAGGACUGCACAAACUAAAAAAAGGACCCGACGUCUGCCCUCCGCAGAGAUCUAGAGAUAGAAAUAUGAUGUUUGUGAUAUCUUGAGAUUUCUAUGUCACGUUUUUACAUGGCUUUGUCUGUUUCUACAGUCCUGUGAGAUUGCCACAGAGCAGUAACCCUAGUCUGUCUGUCGUCUUUAAAGAUGUUUAACAUAGAGCUUACAAACACACACACACAGAACUGUUACUGAUAUUCACUGCCCAAUGUAGUGUUAAACAAUAGGGAACUCUCCCAUAAGGCACUACAUUCACACACACACACACACACACACAGAUCCUGUAUACAUAUAGGAAAAAGGCUGCUCUAGCCUGAUACUUUAAUUCAUUUAGUCAUAUCUUCUUCUCAAUGACCUCUUAAAAAAAUACACUCCAAGGGCUUCUUUCCUCCAGUGGAGUGUGUGGAUGGAUGGAUGGGUGGGUGUGCGUGUGUGCGUGCGUGCGUGCGUGCGUGUGUGUGUGUGUGUGUGUGUAAUCCCCCUGUCAAUCAGAUCCCUGUUUACCAGGAGAAACAGCUCGAAGAUUCCUGGCUGUUGGACAGAGCCCGUAGCGUAGACUGACGUCAGAUCAGCGUGUCCCUGUGUAUGUUGUACAUAAGAGCAGAAGCUGCUUUUAUUUUCUAAACAGAGCUGAGUCUUUGCACUCUCCCGUGGACAUAUCUGCAGCAGGAAAGGAAGCCUGGGAAGCGGUUGUUAGAAUAUCAAAGAGACAUCGCUGAGGUGUUAGCAGACUUCAUCAGGGACAGAUUGAAGGGAGUGUGGAGUUGUACCGUGCAUUACAGAGAGCACAGCAGCAGGCAUAUCUUAAUCCAUUACUACAUAUCUCACUGUGCAAACUCACCUGCAGUAUUUCACUGUUCAUAUCUCAGUCAGCCAGACAGCUGAGCGCUUACAUCAGUGUGUCUACUUUCAACCAUCAUGCUUUCUUUAUUCUUUUUCUUUGUAUCACUCCUGCGAGUCAGAGCAGGAGAGGUGGUUUCAUAAAGGUUUUCACCAUUUGAGCUUCCUCCAGUGGAGGAGGGUUUACACGUAGGACACUGGUUCAUCUUCGUUGUGGACAUGAUGGUGAGAGGCUGUCGACUGAGCGAGUGACUGAGUGGGAAAGAUGUGAAAGGUUUUUUUUGAUUGUGCGACAGAGGGUGUGUAACGGUGUUUCAGAUUCUUUGGAGGGGGAGGGGGGGGGUUGAAGUUACUCUGACAUGUCCAGGCUUCCACACUGAGCUGAUCCAAAUGUAGAAAAUAAAGGUGAAAAAGUUUACAGAACACCAGGACAAUGA